UUAUUUUCUCAUCAGUAUUUGUUUUAUAAACAUAAUUAAAAUGACGGAUGAAUACGCGGAAGCUUUCAAAAAGGAAGCAGAUGAUCCUAGUAUGCAAGCUUAUCUCCGAAGUUUGGGUCUAGAUCCUGACUACGUUCCACCUUCAGAUGAUCCUCGGCGUGUGGUCGUGAAAUCUUUAUCCAUCGUCUUUAAGGAGCAUGGGCCUUCUGCCGUAAUUGAUUUUAACACUGAUUACGAUGGAACGGAGAAAACUGUUAUCAAGCAUAAGGAGCCUCUUAUUAUAAAGGAGGGUACAGAGUUUAAGAUGUUGGUCGAGUUUCGUGUACAACAUCAAAUCGUGCACGGCUUUAAAAUACACAGCACUGUAAAAAAGAUGGGCGCGUCUAUUGUUGAUGAGACUGUGAUGUUGGGCUCCUACCCUCCAUCUAAUAACUUCAAGACCGUUACAAUUCAGGACUACCAACCAGCCCCCUCCGGAACCCUUGGGCGAGGAGAGUAUAUGUCCCAUAUGAAGUUUUUGGAUGAUACUAAGAAGCUCUACCUCGACAUUGAAUAUAAAAUCAAAAUCUCCAAAGAUUGGAAGUGAAAGUCCUUUAGAGCUUUCGUAGUGUAAAAACGCGCUACUCUAAAACGGCUUUCUUGCGGAACAUUUGUAUUGUAUCUGUUUUUAGAAGAUCAAUAAA